CAGAUCUCCCCAACUCCCGGACCAGAAAACGCACGCGAACAGCAUAGCAGCGGGUGGACUCAGCACCGGCCGCCGGGGACGCGAUGGUGGCCGUCGCCUGGCCCCUCUCCGCCGUCGCCGGCCUCAUCCCGGCCUCCCUCACGCUGACCCUCCUCAUCGCCACCCUCGUGUCCAUCCUGGUGCUGGGCGCCGCCGCCUUCUUCUUCGAGCACAUCCGCAGGAUCGGAUGCAUGCACUCGCUGGAAAGAUCGGCCGUCUCAGACGCCUUCUUCGAGGACCCCAAUUCGCUCAACAAGGUUCCCUGCCCGUCGAUUUUUGAUCCUCCUGAGAAGUACAUUUCGUUGAUAGUUCCUGCCUACAACGAGGAGCAUCGACUCCCCGAGGCUCUUACAGAAACACUCAACUACCUGAAACGUCGUGCAGCUGCGGACAAGUCGUUUUCUUACGAGGUUUUGAUUGUUGAUGAUGGGAGCACUGACCGAACCUCUAAAGUUGGCUUCAAGUUUGUAAAGGAACACAAGAUUGACAAUGUUAGAGUUCUUCUACUUGGGAGAAAUCAUGGGAAGGGUGAAGCAGUCCGAAAGGGGAUGCUCCAUUCUCGUGGUGAACUAUUACUCAUGCUUGAUGCUGAUGGGGCAACAAAAGUGACUGAUUUGGAAAAGCUCGAAGCUCAGGUUCAUGCAUUGGCUCAGAAAGUUAAUUCCAGCCCUGGAACAUCUACUGGUUCACCUCAGAAAGUAUCAGAUGUUGAAAUUGCUGUCUUUGGCUCACGUGCUCAUUUGGAGAAGCAGGCUCUUGCAACAAGGAAGUGGUAUCGAAACUUUCUUAUGAAAGGUUUCCACUUGGUAGUUUUGUUGACUGCUGGUCCUGGGAUCAGAGACACACAGUGUGGGUUUAAGAUGUUCACACGAGCUGCUGCAAGGAAACUUUUCACAAAUAUCAGAUUGAAGAGGUGGUGUUUUGAUGUUGAGCUUGUAUACCUGUGCAAGCACCUCAGGAUCCCAAUGGUAGAAGUAUCUGUUAAUUGGACUGAGAUACCUGGAUCCAAAGUGCGCAUGACAAGCAUCAUGCACAUGGUAUUUGAGCUCCUGCUGAUCAGAGUAGGCUAUGGACUGGGCAUAUGGAAAAUAUACACAUAAACCCUGACAUCUGUUGUUGACAACUGCAGCUUAGUUCAUCGUCACCAUGCAAGUCCAUUUGAAGGAUCACUGUAAAAUUUUUCGGAUAUUUUCACCUGGAGAGAAUCCAUGCCUCCUGUACUUUAGUGUCUGAAUCAUAGAGAGUGACAAAUAUACGCCGAACUUGUCCCCACUGAUAAAUUCUCCUACUGAUUUGUUAUACAGGACAUCAAAAUUCAAUCAAUGGAAAAGAAAAACUUAUCUGCUUCUGAGUC